UCAUUCUUUCUCAGCCAUUCGUUUGAUACGAAUCUGGUUUUUCUUUUUUGAUAAUAAACCAAAAUUAUCGGUGUAUAUUUAAAAUUUGUAGUGAACAAAACUCUGAAAAUGUCCGAGGAGGAGCUUCGGGUUUCGAGGAAAGCUGGCAGGAAGGCUAAAGAUUUGACCCCUGCGUGUAUGGAUGAUUUGGUCAAUCAGGUAUUCGAUAAGUCGAAACAGCUAAGUAUGUCCGUAAAGGAACAGCGAAAACUGGUUCAGGAAUAUCUGAAUGCUAAGAUUGAGGAUAGCGAUGAAAGCGAUGGAGAACAUGACAAUGAUUCCGAUUAUGGUAGCUAUUCCGAUUCCGGGGACGAUAACUUUUCCGAUUACGAAGAAGAAACCUAUUCGGAUUCGGAUGAGGAAACGGAGGAGAGUAGUGAUGCGUUAGAAUCAGGAUCUAGUGAGGAUGAGGAGGCAUCCCCUGAAGUACAUGGAAAAAAAGAGCAAGAGGGUUCUAAAAAUUUGGAUGGAAAAGUCUCCAAAGACAAACCGAAAUCAUAUCAACCUGAGUCCUCUGAUGGUCCCCCGAAAUCCCCUUCACAACCUGGAUCUGGUAUUCAGCGACGAAUGACAAUGGCCGGUGGUUUGGUGGCUUCCCCAAUUCGCAAAGGCAGUCAAAAUCAGAAGACUCUGAAAACUGAAGAAACCAAAUCCCUUCCAAUAUCAUUAAACAAAGUGAAAGUCUUACCGAGUCUGCGGAAAGAAGAACCCAUAAUGAAAGCCAGCACCAAUUUCUUGGUUAAGCCAAAAGCUUUUAGUUUCUUCAAAGGAAUUAACAAACCCAUUAUAAAGCUUCCCGAUCCAAGGAUUUAAUUUUUUCCAAUUUUAAUUAAAAUAAUUUUGUAACUUUUUA